UCGUGUCUCUAGUGGUGACGUGUCUCUAAAGUUUCUCCUCCUCCUCUUCCUCUUCCUCCUCCUCCCGGUCUCUCACUAGUCAGAUUGAGUCUGGUCAGAUUUCCACAGUAAAGACGGGUACAAGAGGACACUUGGAACACCAUGGGCAUCAAAUUCCUGGAGGUGAUAAAGCCAUUCUGCGCAGUGCUGCCAGAAAUCCAAAAACCUGAAAGAAAGAUCCAGUUCAGAGAAAAGGUGCUAUGGACCGCCAUCACUCUUUUCAUCUUUCUAGUGUGUUGCCAAAUUCCCCUCUUUGGCAUAAUGUCUUCAGACUCUGCAGAUCCUUUCUACUGGAUGAGAGUAAUCCUGGCUUCAAACAGAGGUACUCUGAUGGAGCUGGGUAUCUCGCCCAUUGUCACCUCCGGACUGAUCAUGCAGCUUCUUGCUGGAGCAAAGAUCAUUGAAGUUGGAGACACCCCAAAGGACAGAGCCCUCUUCAAUGGAGCGCAGAAAUUAUUCGGAAUGAUCAUCACCAUUGGCCAGGCUAUUGUGUAUGUGAUGACUGGCAUGUACGGGGAUCCGUCAGAGAUGGGCGCAGGAAUCUGUCUGCUUAUCAUCAUUCAGCUGUUUGUUGCAGGGCUGAUUGUGCUGCUGCUGGAUGAGCUGCUGCAGAAGGGCUACGGUCUCGGUUCAGGGAUCUCACUGUUCAUUGCCACCAACAUCUGUGAGACGAUUGUCUGGAAAGCAUUCAGCCCAACCACUGUGAACACUGGAAGAGGUACGGAGUUUGAAGGAGCAGUCAUUGCUCUUUUCCAUCUGCUGGCUACAAGGACGGACAAAGUGCGUGCUCUGAAGGAGGCCUUCUACAGACAGAACCUGCCCAACCUCAUGAACCUCAUCGCCACAGUGUUUGUUUUUGCUGUAGUGAUAUACUUUCAGGGAUUCAGGGUGGAUCUGCCCAUCAAGUCAGCUCGCUACCGCGGCCAGUACAACACCUACCCCAUCAAGCUGUUUUACACCUCCAACAUUCCCAUCAUCCUUCAGUCUGCCCUAGUCUCCAACUUGUACGUUAUCUCCCAGAUGCUUUCCACUCGCUUCAGUGGCAAUUUCCUGGUUAACCUGCUGGGAACGUGGUCUGACGCAACAUCUAGUGGCCCAGCCCGUGCCUACCCUGUUGGUGGUCUCUGUUACUACCUCUCCCCCCCGGAGUCCUUUGACACUGUCCUCGAUGACCCAGUCCACGCGCUGGUCUACAUCUUCUUCAUGCUCGGCUCAUGCGCCUUCUUCUCUAAAACCUGGAUUGAAGUGUCAGGUUCCUCUGCGAAAGAUGUGGCAAAACAGCUGAAGGAACAGCAGAUGGUAAUGAGGGGACACAGAGAAACCUCAAUGGUCCAUGAACUGAACAGGUACAUUCCCACAGCUGCUGCCUUUGGUGGACUGUGUAUCGGCGGUUUGUCAGUGAUGGCAGACUUCCUGGGAGCUAUUGGCUCAGGCACCGGUAUCCUGCUGGCUGUCACCAUCAUCUACCAGUACUUUGAGAUCUUUGUGAAAGAACAGAGUGAAGUCGGCAGCAUGGGGGCCCUGCUCUUCUAGAAAAAAAAGCCAAUGCCCUGGCACCUUCUACCAACUUUUAUUCGGAUCACCAACCUUGCAUUUAUUUACCAACAACCGUGCAAACCCCUGCAUCAUCAGCUCUGCAAUUUCAGGACAUUUGGGGAACCCUCAGGAAUCUCAGCUGCAAUGGGAUGCUGCGAGGUGAUGUUAACAUUCACAUCAUAUCUUCCAAAGUGACACAGAGAACACCCUUUCAGCUGUACUCCAACAGAUUUUCUACCUGAUUUGAGAUUAAAGCGCCUCAAGUUUUUUUUUUUAAAAGGCUUCCUGUGGGAGUUUAGUCUCUUCUCUUCUUUUCAGACUGACAAGCGAGCGCUUCAGUAUGCAGGCAUACUUGAUUUGGAUGAUGCGGUCAAUAGCCUGCUGUGUGCUUAGUGUUAUCUUAGUUUAUUCUUCUCCUUCAGACUUUAUUUUAUUUUUUUGUUUACCUGCCAAUCAGGUGAAGGUGUGGACCAGAAGCUGAACAGUUGGACGCUGAGUCAAGUACUGUCUAUGUUCCUGCAUUGAGACCCUGUGUUAUAGCUUGUAUUUGAUCAGGGUCCUGUGAGAAGAGGACGUGGAGCUCACAUUGGGUUCCAGCUUCAAAAAUAAUGGUUUGAACAGUCAUCCAGUGUCCUUGUUGUUUUAAUGUGUGGCAUUCCCAGGGAGCUGCAGUAUUAACUCUUAUGUCACACUCAUUCUUGUUACCCACAUCCGAGGAACUCUUGUUUUUUUCCCCCUAAUUGUCUGCUUUACACAUACUUACACUAAUCACUUUUUCAGACAAGUAAUCAUUUUCUGUACAUAGGCCAUGCAUUGAAUAACUUUGAAUUUGUCUUAAGUGUAAGAUAAAGUCUUUGAAUAUGUUUAAAAAAAAAAAAAAAAAAUUCAUUUCAGAACAAACUUGUAUAAAAAAACAUUCGCAAUAAAACAUUUUUGUGAAGAAAGUUA